UAUACUAUAUUAAAGCAUUAAAGUCCGUGCCGCGCUCCCGUCCCCCGUAUACUAUUGACCGGGACGGAGGGAGUAGUUUAUAUGAACUGAUAUUUUGAGAUACUCCCGCUUCUGAUUAAUUCUGUGAUGAUAUGAAUAAAAAUUGUUCUCCAAUGUGUAUCUAAGUGAAGAAGAAAGAAACAUGUAGAGAGAGAGAGAGGGGAGCGAUGAGAAAACACAUGAGGAUGUUGAUGCGGAGGCCAGUCUCCCAAACCCUAACCCUAAUUGAACGCAGCUUCUGCUCAUCAACCACCACCAGCUUUGGCAUCAAAAACGUGACGAAAUCAAACUUCGACGCCGCCCUCCUGGACCUCCGGCAACACAUCCGUGCCGCCGAUUUCGUGGCAAUUGAUCUCGAAAUGACCGGAAUCACCAGCGCCCCCUGGAGAGAGGCUUUCGAGCUCGACCGUUUCGAUAUUCGCUAUCUCAAACUCAAAGACUCCGCUAACAAGUUCGCUGUUGUUCAGCUUGGCGUUUGCCCUUUCCGAUGGGACCCUAACGUCUCCGCCUUCCUGGCUCAUCCCCACAACUUUUAUGUAUUUCCACGUCAAGAGCUUUCUAUUAGCGGGACAUCGUGUGAAUUCAUGUGCCAGACAGCGUCACUAGAAUUCUUGGCAAAGUACCAGUUUGAUUUUAAUGCUUGUAUAAAUGAAGGGAUAUCAUAUAUGUCCAGAGGGCAAGAAGAAGAAGCCCGGAGAUUGUUUACUAGUUUGUAUGAUGAUGUGUUUCUUGAUUCACAUCCUAGUUCCAAAGACAUAAAAGAUAAGCCAAUAUCUAGGGUGGCUGAUGUUCUUUUCACUGAGAGAAUGAAGAGCAAAAUUAGUGAUUGGAAAAAUGGACUAUUACAAGUUAGAAAUAGGGAUCAUGAAUGUCAAGGGAGCAGAAAGGAAUCAUUUCAACAGUUUGAAAACAUUUUUUACUUGAUGCGUCCAGCUGUCAAGCUGCAUGGUUUUACAUCCCGCCAACUCAGGUUGAUUCAGUUGGUAACCAAGAAUCAUUUUGAUGAUCUUGCUUACAUUCGCGUUAGUGGUGAGGGCACCAGUUUGCAACAGUUACUUGUUUAUACAGACUCUACAACUGACAAGGAUUUGCUUAUGAAAGAGGUAAAAGGUAUCCUUCUUAAAGAGACAGAGCUGAAGAUAAAAAAUGCUGUUGGAUUGCGCCAUGUGAUUGAUCUUCUUAGUUCUGAAAAGAAAUUGGUUGUUGGUCAUAAUUGCUUUCUUGAUAUAGCACAUUUGUACAGCAAAUUUAUAGCUCCUCUUCCUGCCACCGGUGAAGACUAUAUUUCCUCCAUUGCCAAGCACUUCCCAUACAUAAUUGACACAAAACUGCUCCUGAAUAAUAACAAUGUAUUUCAAGUUAUCAAGCAGAAGAGGAGCACGUCACUUGCCAAAGCAUUUGCUUUUCUAUGUCCCGAUAUUGUGUCAGGUGUCAAAACCUCUGGAUCAGCAUACAAGCCUUGCAUUAAGGUGGAGGUCCAAGUAGAUGAUACGAGGUCGUCUAAUUGGAACUCGGGAGCCAAGCAUGAAGCCGGUUAUGAUGCAUUUAUGACGGGUUGUGUUUUUGCUCAGGCUUGCAGUCAUCUAGGUAUAAAGUUUGAAUCCCAGGUACCCUCUCCAAGUUUAGCUCUGGAAGAGAAGCUGCAAGGAUGCAUAAAUACCCUAUAUCUUAGUUGGAUCAAUGGAGAAAUUAUUGAUCUUACGACUGGUAAAAGGAUUGUGGAGUCUUCAGGUUCUAGUGACCGCAAGUACCACCACUCAAAGAUUUUUUUCUCAAAUAUUGUCUUGCUGUGGGGAUUCCCAUCUAAGCUCAAGGCAGCAGAAAUAAAAGAAUGUAUAUGUAAAGUUUUUGGGCAAAGCUCUGUCGCAUCCAUUUACCACUUGGAUGAAACUGCGGUGUUUGUUAAGUUCAGCAAGGCUGAACUUGUGACAGAUUUCUUACAUUUGAAGGCUACCCUGGAAAAAAACAAUGACCCAAUCUCAGUUUUGCAUCCACUUUCAAAAAUUUUGGAUGGCGGAUGUACUUGUGCUGCCAAUUACGAAGUUUAUAAAGAAAUUUGUGAGUCGCCGAUUUCAGAAAUGUUGUUUGCAGAUCAAGCUGCGACAAUUGGUAUUAAAUGGAAAACCAAGUUAUUCGUUCCUAAGCAGAAAGAAUCACACCGAGAAACUUUAGGCCCAGAAGAUGGGCAAUUUACAGGUUCCACUUCUCCAAGUGAGAAAGAGAUUAAAAAACUAGUUAGUGUCCUUGAUGGUUUAUCGAGUGGCCGCACAAGCAACAGACUCGCAGAUUCCUUGCAUCUUGCCCAGGCUCAGAUUGGUAGAUAAAUGGCGCAUCGUUGAUUAGUCUUUGUUUUCCCUACUUGUAGCCUCCUGUGACCAAUUUUUAGCUGACUUGUUUUACUUAGAGCAUAUGCACCCACAAAGGGCAUUAAUUCAUGAAUUGAGUUAGAGUUGGUUACUAUUUACAGGAAAUUCACUAUUUUUAGUGCA